AUGAGCCUUUUAUGAUAGGAUAUGUCACUUUGGUCAAACUAUCUAGUCUAUAUAAGGCAUUUAUCAUCAGUUUCAAUAAUCUGUUAGGUUUUUAUGGGCUUAAUGUUUAUCGAUGAACUUCAGAACCAAAUAAGGAGCUGUCUGUGUGAACUGGCACCCUAUAGGACAAUGACCAGGUGAAACGUCUUAUAAAAUCCUUUGCCACAGUUUGUUUUCAGACAUAUUCAGCGAUUCCAGUUUCCAUUUUAGAGGUAUAAAAUGGCCAACACAGAGUCGAGUCCUUUACUUUCUGUUCAUCCUUCAAGUUGCUUGGUUGAUGAAAAAAUCGAGGUAGAAGUUAAGCACUUACCUGCCGAUUCCAAAAUCACUCUUCACGCGCUGAUUCACUCUGACGAUGGGGACGAUUGGGAAGCGUUCGGCCAUUACACCAGUGACUCUUCAGGGACCGUUAAAGUUUCCAGAGAUAAAAGUCUUGGUGGGACAUUUGAGGGAGUUGAAGACAUGGGUCUGCUGUGGAGCAUGAGACCUGUUCCUCAAAGUAAACCAGGUCGCCGAUUUCGGAAGAACAAUGUCCAGACACCAGUUAAAGUGGUGUUUUCCGUGCAUGAAGGACACCUUGAUAAGGGCUUCAAGCAUCGCACACCCCUCACAUCAGCUACUGCUGAACGCUGGUAUUUGACCCCUGAUGUCCAGAGGGUUGAAGUCGCAGAGCGUGGGAUAAAGGGGACACUCUUCAUUCCCCCAGGUUCUGGACCCUUUCCUGCCGUGCUGGACCUUUGGGGAGGGCAGGGGGGUCGUGUUGAGUAUCGUUCAGCGCUCCUGGCUUCCCAUGGCUAUGUCUCACUGGCCCUGGAAUACAUCGGGCUCCUGAAUGCUGAAGGAAAACUCCAGCAUGUGGACAACACCUACUUUGAGACUGCCUUCACAUUGCUAAAAAAACACCCCAAAGUUUGUCCUGACAAAAUGGCAGUGAUGGGGAUGUCAUUUGGGGUCUCUGUAACGCUGGGUUUGACGGCAUACUCAGAAAUUAUAGAGCCCAAGUGCGUGGUUUGUGUUAGUGGGAGUCACAUAAUGCCGCUCAAAGGAUCUUUGGCGGAUGUCUAUGCAGAACUGCAAAAGAACGUAGACAAAAUCCGCUAUGAUGAAAAGAUGAGAAUAAUUUGGCGGGAUCUGUUGUUGCCAAUACCAGAUGACCCUUCCAAGAAAGUUAAAAUGGAUGAAAUCAAAUGUCCUGUUUUAUUAAUCGCUGGUGAGGAUGAUCAAAACUGGCCAGCAUCAGAAUCUGCAGCGGAUAUGAAGAAGAUGAUGGAGAAGGCUGGGAACAGUCAUCUCCUAACUGUUCUCUCGUACCCUGGAACAGGUCAUCUUAUUGAACCGCCCUACAGCCCUCAUGUCCGAUUCAGUGACUUCAAGUUACUGGAGGCAAAGACCAAAGUGGUGGUGCUUUGGGGAGGAGAGACGGUGCCUCACAGUCGAGCUCAGGAGGAGUCCUGGCAGAAAACUCUGGAUUUUUUAAAGGAGCAUCUCUAUGACAACAACAGAGAAGUUACACAAUGCUAAUCAUCAUGUAUGUGUAUAUAUACACAAUCUUCAUUGUGCCUUUAUAUAGUAAUAAUGAAUAGAUUAAUAGCAGGUUGCGUAUGGCGGCUGCCAAACCUUGGCUGUCUGGUCAGGUAAAUGCAAAGUAAUAUUUUUAUUGCAGGAUUAACAGAGUUAUAUUACUACCUGUGACAUAUAAUUUGUAAUUGUUUAAUAAAAGAGAAAAGCAAGUAAAUUAAA